CGCACAACAGUCCGUCUCCCUAAUUCGUCCGUCUCAAGAUGGCGCAGUAUGUGAACGUCGUCCGAAGGGCUUUGGGACAAAUAGGAGGUCACGGUGGAGUUAAAGGUUUUCUCGUUCAGCUUUUCAGGGUGAAUGACGUGAAGACAGGAGCCCUGAUUGGAGUGGACAAAUAUGGGAAUAAAUACUUUGAGGACAAGAAGAACUACUUCUUUGGCCGGCACCGCUGGGUGAUCUACACCACAGAGAUGAACGGGAAGAACACCAUGUGGGAGGUGGACGGCAGCAUGGUUCCAGCUGAAUGGCAUCGCUGGCUGCACUGUAUGACAGACGACCCCCCCACCACACAUCCACCAGAGCCCAAGAAGUUCCUGGCUGAGGUCCACCAGUUCAACGUGAGUGGCAGCUCACAGCAGUACGUGCCCUUCCCCACCACCAGCAAGAAGAUCCACGAGUGGGUUCCACCCCAAGCCGGAGCUCAGUGAACUCUUGACUGCAUAUUUGUAAAUUAUGGUAUCCUGUUUCCAACAUGUCCUAAAUAAAAUCUCUAUAAAGA